GUUGAGGACGUGGAGGCACCAGUGUCCACGUCAAAGAAGAUCCUUAGUGGACUGAGUUUGGACUUGGAGCCUGGCAAGGUCCUUGCCAUCCUCGGAGGCUCAGGAAGUGGGAAGACAACGUUUUUAAACACGCUGGCCUCCAGAAUGACGUUUUCAAAGAGAUCUGAUAAUCCUUUCAAGUUCAAAGGCCAGGUCGAAUAUCAGCCUGCUAACCCAAACAUAUCCUACAUGGUGCAAGAAGAUCUGUUUAGCCCGGGGUUUACCGUCUUGGAGACACUACAGUUUACAGCCAGGCUGAGACUGCCUGGAACAACUCAACAGGAAAGGAACGACCUCAUUGAUUUCUUGUUCGAUGGGUUGGAUUUGAACAAAGUGAGAAAUACAAGAGUCUGUGACUUCCAGUAUAGAACCACGCUGAGUGGUGGUGAACGCCGUCGUGUAUCUUUGGCAAUUCAACUUUUGACUAAACCACAGGUAUUGUUUUUGGAUGAACCGACAACAGGCUUAGACUCGAACACUUCGAUCCAUUUGGUUGAAACGGUUAAGAAGCUUGCCUCUGAGUACGGUAUAACGAUACUGCUGACCAUUCACCAGCCUCGUUUCGAAAUUUUGGAAGCUGUUGAUGAGAUUUGCCUACUGGCAAAAGGUGGUAAUAUGAUCUUCUCUGGAAGCUUGAACGAAAGCUAUGAAUAUUUCGAACAAUUCCGAACAGAUGGUGAUGUUGAUUCCAAUUUCGCUGAUUUUCUUUUAAAAAUAUCCUCUGUUGAUAAGACAGACUCAAAGGAAGUUGAGUUGCAAACUCAAAAGCGUGUUCAUCAACUCAUUGAAAACUGGAAGACUGUUCAACCUCUGAAGGAAAUCGAAUACUUUGACUCUUUUGCAGAUGGUGGUCCAUUGAUAAAGUCUAAGCACAUUGCCCAUAUAUCCCUUUGCGGUCAAAUCUGUGUCCUGCUAAAGCGAACCAUAAUACUCACGUGCCGUGAUGUUGAAUCUAUGAUCAUGAUGCAAGUGGUGAUUAUUGUACUAUCAGUCAUCUGUGGUUGGGUUUUCUAUAAACCUGGUGGCUCAUUAGCAGGUAUAAGAACAACAACCUCCUCACUCUACGUGUGUUGUGAAGUCUUGGGUUUCAUGCCUAUGAUGUACGAAAUACAAAGACUCUGUAUGACCGAAGGUAAAUUCCUCUUGAAAGAACGUAAGGAAGGGAUGUAUUCAAUACCUGCCUGGUUUAUUGCCCGUCGAUUAGCAAAGAUGAUUAUGGAAGAUGUUCCAGGAUCUUUGAUAUGGUCAUUGAUUACCUUCUUCAUGUGGGGGCUUGAAGAGACUUCAAACUUUGGUAUUUUCUUCAUUAAUAACCUAUUUGUCUACAUGAUUGGUAUCGCUGUUGCACACUUGUGCUUUGUUCUUGGUAACUAUAAUUUCGGAACUGCAAGUUUAAUCAGUGCUCUCUAUUACCAGUUACAAAAUUCUGCUUGUGGGUAUUUCGUCAAUGCCAGAACCAUGCCUGUGUACGUGAGAUGGACGAAGUAUAUCUCCAACUUCUGGUAUAACUUUGGUUCUUUGGUGUCCAACACAUUCACAUCCUAUAUGGGUGAUUGUCCCUAUGAAACUGAAGAGAUGUGUUACGAAUACUCUGGUGCUUCAGUCUUAAAUAGCUUGGGGUUCCCAGAGAACUGGACACUAACACCGUUGAUGGCCUCAUUUGGGUGGUACAUUGGGUUGUAUUCAGCAAGUGCAGUGUGGAUAUGGUACGUCACUCGUCGUGACUCUGUGAGGAUUGUCAAAGAGAGGCGUUCUAAAUUUGAUGAUUUGCAAUUCCAACAUUUGACAGAGAUUGUUCCAAAGAGCAUUGACGUGAUUGAAUCCCCUGACUGUAAAGUCACUGUGUCCUUGGAUAACAUCACUCUUUCAUUGAAACCGACGUUACUCAAGAAUACUAUAUUCCAUCGUAAAUUUGUCUCAAAGAACUUGCUUUCAAAUGUCACAGUUUCAUUUAAACCUGGUGUCAACGCUAUCAUGGGUCCAUCUGGGUCUGGUAAGACUACCUUGCUGAAUAUGCUUACCGGCCGCACAGCCUCAAAUAUUGGUAUCAAAGGUGAUAUGAAGUUGAAUGGUACGUCAAUACCACUUCAAUUCCUUUCAAACAUUGUAUCUUAUGUGGUUCAAGAUGACUCUGUUUUGAUUCCCACACUUACUGUGCGUGAAACUCUUUACUACCAGGCCAGACUACGUUUACCACCUUCACAGCAUAACCGUAUUCCUGGUAUCAUUGGUGAAAUGAUGAGAAAGAUGGGACUUAGUGACGUUUGCAACGUUCCAAUCGGAGAUUCUCAGACAAAGGGUAUAUCUGGUGGUGAGAAGCGUCGUGUAUCCAUUGCUAUUCAACUGUUAAACAACACCAAGGUGAUGCUGUUGGAUGAGCCAACCUCUGGUUUGGAUUCUUUUACGAGUGCUAGCAUUGUCUCAUUGCUGGAACAGUUGGCUAUCAGUGAAGAUAAGACCAUCAUUAUGACUAUUCACCAACCGAAGUACGAGAUAUUUGAGAAGUUUGACAACAUUCUACUGCUAGGAAAUGGACAUGUGCUAUACGACGGUUCUCCUUCUUCUUUACAGGAGUAUUUCAAUGAAUUAGGAUAUAGCCCAGAGUAUGAGAUGAACUUUGCUGACUACAUAUUGGAUGUUGUUAAUCAAAAGCCUGACUCUGAAAUUGGUGGUGGUAUUACUACAAUGGAGAAAUUGAUUAGUGAAUGGACCUCACAUGUCGAUUAUGCUGAAAAUUCAUCUAACUUGAAGAACUUCAAUGCGAAGCAGUUCAAACAUCUUGUGAAGAAGCGUCAAAGUAUCAAAGUCUGUUUCAGCCCUGUACUAGAGAGACAAUUCAAAGUCAUAAUGAGAAACCCAGAGGUUUUAUUCUGUCGUCUUGGUCAACCUUGUGGUGUUUCGGUUAUCCAUGCUUUGUAUUUUGCACCUCUGAAGAAUAACGUUGAGUCUAUUUCGAAUCGCUUAGGUUUGAUUCAAAAUGUUAUGAACAUGUACUAUGUUGGGUUCUUGAACAAUAUGGCUCUGUACCCUGCUGAGAAGUUUACAUUUUAUCAAGAGUACCAGGACGAUGUCUACUCUACAACAACUUUUAUGCUCUGCUAUCUGUUGAAUGAACUGCCCUUUGAGAUCUUGUGCUCUUUCAUUUUCAGUAUCUUUCUUGUCCUCGUCAUUGGGUUACCACGUAAUCCACAGAUGUUCUUUUCGAUGUUCUACCUAGGCUUCGUUGUGAUGAACUGUGGUGAAAGUAUUGGAAUCAUGUUUAACACGGUCUUUGACCAUUUGGGAAUUGCAACAAACCUUUUAUCUGCUGUCUUAACCAUCGGUAUAUUUAUGGCCGGUACCAUGUCUCUUGAUAUGCCUGUGUUGUUUGAGGCAUUCAACUACAUUAAUCCUUUGAGUUAUGCGGUUAAGGCGUUAGCCCAAGUUGGAUUCAAAGGUCAAACGUUUGAAUGUUCUGGUGGUGGUGAUGAGUGUGUGUUGGAUACUGGUGAGGCUGUGCUAGACCAGUACAACUUGGUGAGUAACUAUGCCGUUAAUAUGGGUGUCAUUGCAGCUAUACUUGUCAUGUAUAGAAUCGUUGCCGUUGUUGUUUUGGAGAUCAAAGUGAGAUACUUU